UGCUGCUGCUGCCGCCGCCGCCGCCACCGCCGCUACUGCUCUGCUUGCUGCUGCUGCUGCUGCUGGGCUGCUGCUGCUACUGCUGCUGCUUCUGUGUUUACUGAGCUCUCUUGUCCUGAUAUCACUCCGCUGGCAUGGAGGAGGAGGAGGUGGAGGAGAGAGAGGAGGAGGAGGAGGAUGAGGAGGAGGAGGAGGAGAGCACUUGAUCAUUGUGAUGGUGGCAGGAGGAGCAGCCGCAGCAGUAGCAGCAGCAGCAGCAGCAAAAGCCAAACGUUGGGGGCUCUUAUCAGCUCGGCGUGUUUUGUUUUUUUUUUUAAAGGACUUCACCGAUCUACUUUUGCAAUCACCCCCGGGAUUGUUCAUAUGUUUACUUCCCCCCAACCCGAGGAUUUGAUAUUUAGGUUCCUGUGAAAUGCAACCGAGCAGCCAAAGUACUUUGAGAACACGGGGCGGCAUAAACACCAAAACUUUUUUGUGGAAGGAAAAUGCAAUAAGAAAGCUCGCUGUCUUUUGAUGCUGUGAGUGUGGAGCGAGUGUGUGUAUUGUGUUUCUCUGCCUGGGGUGCCUUUGCCUGUGUGCGAGUGUGUGUGGUGUGCUGUGUGGAUAUGUGUGUGGUUUUUUUCCCCCCGAAUAUAGGGAGAAAAUGCUUGCCAACCACCGGAAAUCUCCUGGAAUUUAUUAGAAAAUAAUGGAUUAUAAAAAGAAGUGAGGGAAGGAACGGAUCUCCCGCUGAGUUGCAACCCGAUUUGCUACUCUUCAGUUUGUUGAUUGUUUUUGUUGAUAAGGUGUCUUGAUGAUACUCUGAUAACACCUUUUCAAUAUUAUUAUUUCGGGGGAGAGCGAUACAGUUUUUUAAAAAAGGAAACAACAGCAACAACAGCCCCCCCCCCCAGUAUUCUCCCCCCCUUCUCCCCCCUCCCGCUCAGGAUCGGUGUUUCCAUCCAUGUGCUUGUUUGCUCCCCCGCGUUCCACUUAAAACUAUUUUAAUCCUGGACCCAAGGAGGAGGCUGAUAGGGGGGUGGAUACAAAAAGUUCUUCCAAAAUAGUGUGCACGGGGAGCAGGAUGGGGGAUUUCGCAGCCCCCGCUGCUGCCACCGCGAAUGGCAGUAGUAUUUGCAUCAACAGUAACCUGAACAGCAGCCUCGGUGGGGCCGGUAUCGGUGUGAAUAACACUCCCAAUAGUACUCCCGCUGCACCGAAUAACAAUCACCAUGCUGGUGGCGGCGGCGGCGGCGGCGGCGGCCCCGGGGGCAGCGGCGGCGGCCCGGGGAGCGUCCCCAAGCACAGCACGGUGGUGGAGCGGCUGAGGCAGCGCAUCGAAGGCUGCAGGCGGCACCAUGUCAACUGCGAGAACAGGUACCAGCAAGCCCAGGCGGAGCAGCUGGAGCUGGAGCGCAGGGACACGGUGAGCCUCUAUCAGAGGACCCUGGAGCAAAGGGCCAAAAAAUCGGGCGGCGGGGGCGGCGGCGGCGGCGGCGGCAGCGGCAGCAGCAAACAGCCCCCGCAGCACUCGAGCAAACAGCAGCAAGAUGCAGAGGCUGCCACGGCGGAGCAAAGAAAUCACACUCUGAUCAUGCUACAAGAGACUGUGAAAAGGAAGUUGGAAGGAGCCCGGUCCCCCCUUAAUGGAGAACAGCAGAAUGGUGCCUGUGAUGGGAACUUUUCCCCAACGAGCAAGCGGAUCCGGAAGGACAUGCCUGCAGCAAUGGACACUAUUAGUAAUCUGCCCAACAAUAUGCCUUUGCCUUCUGCUUCUCCUCUUCACCAGCUGGACAUGAAGCCUUCUUUACCCUUGCCGAAUAGUGGAGCUCAUGCUCCAGGAAUCAUAGAAGAGCUGGGUAAGAAUGGCAGGCUGCCAGAGAUUAAACUUUCCAUGAAUGGUUGCAGUGACCUUGAGGAUAGCUUUGCCAUCCUGCAGAACAAGGAACUCAAACAAGAACCACUGGAUGACCCCACCUGCAUAGACCCUUCGGAAACGUCACUUUCCAAUCAGAACAAGUUGUUCUCAGACAUUAACCUCAAUGAUCAAGAGUGGCAGGAGUUAAUAGAUGAACUGGCCAACACUGUCCCUGAAGAUGACAUACAAGACUUAUUCAACGAAGACUUUGAAGAGAAGAAGGAACCAGAAUUCUCUCGGCCAACCACUGAUGCGCCUCUUUCUCAAGAGAGUGCGAGUGUAAAGAGUGACCCUUCUCACUCUCCAUUUGCUCAUGUCCCCAUGGGAUCUCCCCAGGGGAGACCAUCAUCUUCCGGUCCUCCAUUUUCCAAUGUCUCAACAGCUAGUAGCAUACCUUCUGUUUCCAGCACUCCUGCAGCACCGAAUCCUGCCAGCUCACCAGCAAACUGUGCUGUCCAGUCCCCCCAAACUCCUAACCAAGCUCACACUCCAGGCCAAGCUUCAUCAAGGCCAGGAAAUGGGUAUCUUAUGACUCCAGCCCCAGGAACCGUGACUGGUUCAGGGCCCGGUCCUGUGGCGGUGUCCAGUGCAGAUCUCUCUCCUGCAGAACAGCUCAAACAAAUGGCUGCCCAGCAGCAGCAAAGAGCGAAACUCAUCCAACAGAAACAGCAGCAACAGCAACAGCAGCAACAGCCACCGCCACCACAGCAACAGCAUCCAAAUCAGACUUCAAGUUGGUCACCGGUGGGGCCCCCAUCCAGUCCCUAUGGAGGAGCCUUCAAUGCAGACAAACCAAAUAGCCCGAUGAUGUACCCCCAAGCCUUUAACAACCAAAACCCCAUAGUGCCUACCAUGGCAAACAACCUGCAGAAGACAACAAUGAAUAACUACCUCCCCCAGAACCACAUGAAUAUGAUCAAUCAGCAGCCAAAUAACUUGGGUACAAACUCUUUAAACAAGCAGCCCAACAUACUGACUUACGGAAACACAAAGCCCCUGACCCAUUUCAAUGCAGAACUGAGUCAGAGGAUGACGCCACCCAUGGCCAAUCCCAACAAAAACCCGAUGAUGCCGUAUAUUCAGCAACAGCAGCAGCAGCAACAGCAGCAGUCUUUGCCACAGCCGCCGCCGCCACAGCCGCCGCCACCACAGCAGUCCCAGCCCCAGCUCCAGGCUCAGAUGGCACACUUGAAUGAGGAGCAGAAACGCAUGCUUCUCAUGAAGCAAAAAGGAGUGAUGAAUCAGCCCAUGGCCUAUGCUCCACUUCCUUCCCAUGGCCAGGAUCAGCAUACAGUAGGACUCUCACGGACCACAGGCCCUAUGCAGUCCUCAGUGCCCCCGGGCUCCAGCAGUAUAGUCACUGGUGCCAGCCCCGGGGGUCCCAGCUUCCUGGCCACCCAGCCCCAGGCAGCCAUCAUGAAGCAGAUGCUCAUUGAUCAAAGGGCACAAUUGAUGGAGCAGCAGAAGCAGCAGUUUCUGAGAGAGCAAAGGCAGCAGCAGCAGCAACAGCAGAUUCUGGCUGAACAGCAGCUGCAGCAAUCACAUUUACCCCGGCAGCAUCUCCAGCAGCGGACCCCUUAUCCGGUGCAGCAGGUCAAUCAGUUUCAAGGUUCUCCCCAGGACAUAGCAGCCGUGAGAAACCAGGCAGCUCUCCAGAACAUGAGAGCUUCUCGGAUGAUGGCCCAGAGUGCCGGCAUGAUGGGAAUGGGGCCUUCCCAGAACCCUGGGGCCAUGCCCUCUGCAGCAACUCCAUCUGAGCUUGGAAUGGCUCCUUAUAGCAACACCUCCACCAGCCAACCAGGAAUGUACAACAUGAGCGCAGGGAUGAGCCAAAUGCUACAGCACCCAAACCAAAGCGGCAUGGGCAUGACCCACAGCCAGGCCCAAGGCCCGAGGCAGCCUGCAGCCGCUCAAGGAGUUGGCAUGGUGAGUGGGUUUAGCCAGAGCAUGCUGGUGAAUUCCAGCAUCCCCCAACAGCAUCAGCAGAUGAAAGGACCUGUAGGUCAGGCCUUGCCCAGGCCCCAAGGCCCUCCAAGACUUCAGAGCAUUAUGGGAACUGUCCAACAAGGAGCACAAAACUGGCAGCAGAGGGGUCUACAGGGUAUGCCUGGGAGGACUAGUGGAGAUCUGGGGCCGUUCAACAAUGGCACCGCUUACUCUAUGCAGGCUGGACAGCCCAGACUGACCAAGCAACAUUUCCCACAGGGAAUGAGCCAGUCAGUUGUAGACACCACAGGCACCGUGAGAGCUCUCAACCCAACAACCAUGGGUCGGCAGAUGAUGUCGUCCCUCCCUGGGCAACAGGGAAACAACCAGGCAAGGCAGAUGGUUAUGCCUGGCAUGGGCCAGGGUGUGCCUGGCAUGCCAGGAUUUAGCCAGCCUCCAACCCAGCCGCCGAUGCAAAGUGGCAACUUUGCCCCAAGCAGCCAGGGCCAGGCUUAUGAGCGGAAUCCAUCCCAGGAUAUACCUUAUAAUUACAGCAAUGAAGGAGCUGGGGGUUCUUUCCCCAACCUAGCAGAGGGUGCCGACCUGGUGGACUCCAUCAUCAAAGGUGGGCCAGGGGACGAAUGGAUGCAAGAGCUCGAUGAGUUAUUCGGCAAUCCCUAGUUACAGGGGGCCCUGAGAGCCAAAACUCCAGUAGUUAAAGUUUUAAAAGAAAAAAAAAGGAAACAGGAUGUCAUCCCAUCCUUGUUUUUUAUUUUUUUUUUUAAUCUGUGCAAAUUGAGCUGAACUGUAGCAGGCAGAUGGUGGAAGUUAAAAGGUGGCAAUUUCCAGCCACUAUAGGCUGCAUUUUGCAAAACUUUCCACAUAUAGCAAUCUCAACUCCAUGGCACAUGCUACUGGGUGUGAGAGAGACAGACAAAGGGACAGGUUGGGGAAAGAAUCCAGACCAGCCUGUGGCUCCACAGGACAACCCUUCCCCUGAUCCCAGGGCCCCCUGUGUGGGAUGAGUUGCCAGUCCCCAUGAGCUGAGAAGGAUUGCUAUCCAAAGUCAAGGAGUCCCCUGGUCUGUCCAGCCCCAGGUCUUCUCAGGCCACCAGAAAAGACAGAUCCUCAGGCCAUGGGGAAGAAGACCUUCCCACCAAAGCUGCUGGGUGAUUGCACAGGCCAAGCACUGGUGGAUCAGAAUUGUGCUGAACUCCAGAUGGAAACAAUUCCAGGUUUAAAGACACGCUACUGUAUUGGGAGGGAGGGCCAAAAGACCAGUGAUAUCUUUCUUGGACGUUUCCAAGAGAACCUAGAGGCUCCACUCCCUGUCCCCAUGAUGAACCUCAAGAAUCCUAGAGGCAUUGCUGCCUGAUGCUGCCCAAGGAUAGCCAGGUGAGCUUGGAGGAAGAGCAUAAAUCAGGCAAUACAAAGAGAAGAGGCCCUUGGAAGAUGAGUCUAUCACUGUUGUGACAAGUGGUCACAGCCACUGUUUAGUAGCUGGAAGACUUCAGAGUUUCCCAAACUACUAUGGGGUCCAGUAUAGUGCUUAUAAAUCUAGAGAGUUUUUCAUAUCUCUGCUUCUGACAGUGUAGCAUCUAAAGAGGGGGGUGGUGGGCAGACAUCCACUGGACUCUGGAGAUGUCAUUCAGGCCCAUUUCCUACCCCCCCAAUCCCUACUUUUGCUUCUACUUCUCCUGCUCCCCAUCCCCAACCCUGACUCCACCCAGCUUUUUCUCACCAGUAUCCCCACUGAAGCUACUUCCUUUAACUGAACCCGGUCAUGGCCAAAAUGAAUGGCAGAAGAACUCGGCUAUGCCAGAUAUUGGAAAGGAACCCUGGCAUUUCCUGCCUCUGACCAAUGGGGGGCUUCUGGUACUACCUGCCUGGACCAUGGAAGUCUGUGCUAUUGUUUGGCAGUACUUCCUGGCUUUGGCCCUGCAACUCUGAUGUCCCUAAAUGGGGAUGGACCUUAAAGAGCCUAAUUCUGGUCUGCUCAGGUCAGUUUACUAAGCUGUACCUGUGACCCUUUGGUUAGGGUUCAGUCAUCUGGGGGAAAGUCAUCCCCAACACAGUAUUCUGCCAAUAACGCCUCCUCCUUGGCAGGUCAAAUGCAAAUUUUCUGAGAGUUUAGGAGGCAGAAGUCAACUGGUAUAUCUGGCAAAAUUUGUUUUUAGAAAGCAGGUGUGGUCUCUGAGACUUGAACUAAAUACUCCCCACUGAAUCAUCCCAGGCAUUUAAUCAACCCUGCAUAAUUCUCCUAGUCUGACCCUAUCCAAAUGCACCAACAAUUUAUCUUAGGUGUGUUCCUUUAUUUCUUGCCAAUUCCCCUGCUUCCUCUCCUACCACUUCAUCAUGGAAACCCUGUGCACUAUGAAAGGUCUAGAUGGAACAAGGCAAGGAGAAAAGUUAGUAAAAGAAUCUUUGGUCUUUGGUCCUGAUGAUGCCGGGUCAGUCCUAUGCAUGUGCUCUUAGCUCAUCCAGAGCCAGAGCCAAUGGCAUGGAAACCCACAGAUACCUAUGGAGGAAAGAGAGGUGUAGAUUGACCUAAGCUGGGAGAAAUUCCAAAGGAGUUUGAGUGGAAGACCAGGGUAGGAGGAGAUGAGCUGCCAAACCCUACCCUUGGCUUUCCCCCUAGAAAGGAUCCAGUGCAUGAAUCCGCACAUAGCAAGGGAGAGGAUACAGGGCUAUUGGUGGCACCAAAUUGGUGAGAGGCUACUCUGGUUCUCCCAGAAGGCCACCGCAGGACUGGACUCAAGAUCCCUGAAGGUUAAGCCACAUUACUAGGGAAACGAAGAAUCAAAAUAGACGAAAACCAAAAAGAAAAGAAACAACAAAGUUAUGAAAGGAAAGGAAGAAGAAUACAAAACACACCCACCUUUUUCUGAGAGGUACAGAAAGCCAACGAAUAUGCUGGUGUGAGGAAGCUAGAGAUGAGCAAUAGAGACAGAGGCUCUAUCAUCUUUGAAAAGCUUCCUCAGAAUACUCUGUACUGGGACCAACUAAACAAGAGGUAGAUUUUAAUUAUUUUUUUUUUACUACGGUGCUGAUGUAUAUGUAAUGUCUAAAAAAAAAGUUAUUUGUAAAUAUGUUUUUACAAUCCUGCAAAUAUCACUGGGUCUACUAUCUGUAAAAUAUAUACAUAUGAAUAUAUAUAUACUGUUUGUUUAAAAUAGAGUAUUUUUAUUUCAUUCCUUAACUCAUCAUCACUGCAACGGCAUUACACUUCAGACUACAUCCGAUUACUAAUUUGUACUGUAUUACCCAAUGGCAACUGGCUCCAUUCUAUUCAGAUUUUUCUAGUUUUCUGUUUUUACCUUGUACAUUGAGCACUGCAUAUUUCCUUCUGAGAACUGUACAGAACUCUGAAAUGUAGAGAUGAAGUGAUGUUGGCAGACCACUUUUAAAGAAAAAGGCAAAUAAAAGAUUGUUA